GGCAGGAUGGCUCGUAUCUGGCAGAAUUGCUUCUCUCAAAAGGAUAUAUGGUACGCUACAACUUUUAAAUAUGGUGUAAAAAUGUAAGAAUGAAGCACAUUGAAACGUUCAAAAAACCAUGGAUAGGCCACAGCUGUACUUGAUAGUAUACUUCUAUCCCAGGGAGCGCUCACCAAAAACUUUACAAAACGGUAUUUUCAGUUGUCGCACAUGAUUGUCUUUUUACCACACUUUUGUGCCGGAGUUUGACAAUUCAUGCUUGUGCAAUUUUCUGCAGACUAAAGUUUCAUGUUGUUUGCACAUGCAUGUGUACUUUCUUUGGAGACAGCAUUUGUCUCCUGACAAAUUGGAAAAUGAUCAAGAUAGUGACGCGCUGAUUGAUUUAUAUAUUGUAUCGACAUAUGCAUGACUGUUGACAUUCAUGCUUUUUAGUCUUCAUGAUCAAUAUUUGAGUGUCGUGUCAACAGAGUUCGUAGCGGUCUUUGAAAUCCUUGAAAGUCUUUAAAUUUUAAUGCAGGUCUUUAAGGUCUUUUUAAAAAGUCUUUGAAUUGUGUGAAAAAGCAAGGAAAGUCUUUAAAUGUCUUUAAAUUAUUUAGUGAGGAAUUGAUUAUAUGAUUUCUUAGCUAAUAAAAUAGAUUGAUUGAAGCAAGAUUUUCGCAAAUAUGGACGAAAAGGCGCAUUUUAGGAUGUGAUUUGACGGAACUAAGAAAUGGUGCUUACACUCGCAAUUUUUCGACAGCUGGUUGCUCUCAAAGACUAAAACUGUCUGUACCAGUGUUAGUAGUACCAAAGUGAAAAUGCUAUGCUGAGUGGUUAUAUUACUACCUUAAAAAAUAAACAGAAACUCGACGUUUCGAGCGAAGGCCCUUCGUCAAGAGUUAGUGAGCACUAACUCUUGACGAAGGGCCUUCGCUCGAAACGUCGAGUUUCUGUUUAUUUUUUAAGGUAGCAAUAUAACCACUCAACACAACAUUUUGCUCUCAAAGGUCUUUAAAAACUCUUUGAAAUUAGGUAGAAAAAAUCCGUGAAAGUCUUUAAAUUUUUUUGGUCUUGGAGACUACGAACCCUGAGUGAGUCAUGCUUUGGAAAUGACUAUACAUUUUUAUUACACAACCCUUCACUCAAAAUUUUGUUUACCCAACCCUUUUUUCUUCGGUGCCACUUCCCGCCAUAAACGACGACCUUUGCUUUCGCUUUCUAGGUUCAUGGCAUUAUAAGAAGGUCUAGCUCAUUUAAUUUGGGCAGAAUACAUCAUUUAUUUGACGAUCCAAAGACCCACAGACAUGAAGGUAAAUUUUUUUAUGUCAAACGUAAAAGCGAAUUACACUGGAAAUCUUAUGCCAGUUGCAUGAAUUAUCGUAAAAAAACAAAUAGCAUAAAAAAUGUUCAAUUCUUGUUGUAUAGAAUUAAGGUUACAUUAUGGAGAUUUGACAGAUAGCACAAAUCUUGUUAAAAUUAUAUCAGAGGUGGGUAAUUCUUCAACAUUGUACUGUAAUAACUGGGAGGAUCACCUAGUAAUUUUAUCUCCUGACAACACAAAAAGAACUCCAACAUUUCCAACCUGAUUCUCAGAGUUUUCACUUCCGCUACCCCCCGAAACCCGCUGCGGGUUUCGGGGGGUAGCGGAAGUGAAAAUCCUGAGUAUCAGGUCAGUACAACAUUUUGAGGUAAACCUCUUUGUCUGGAAAACAGUAACUACGAAGAGUCUUCGUCGUCGCAUCGACGUUUUGAGAAGUUCUUUUUGUAUUUUUUAGGCACGUAUAUCUUCUACAGUGCUCACGUUUUAAAUACAUACUACCUAUGCUACCUUACCACCCACCACUCGAGAUUUUUUUAAAAUUUUCAAUGACAAUAUGCAAUUCCAGCUUUUAAUUUAUAUGUGUAGGGGAGGGUGGGAAGUAAGUUAUCAUCAGGGCUCGAAUUUUAUCGCGGCAAUUGCCGUAGAGAGAGAACAAAAUGCCGUGGAUUAUUGCGGCAACGACGGCAAUUUUUUGCCGUAUAUAGCGCAAUGUUUAUACUAUUCACUGUAGAUAAAGCCCUAUAAAUAAAGCCCUGCCUGACAUGAAUACGCUAUCAGUACAUUGUAUAUCGCUAUGGAACUAACAAAUUUACAGAGUUACACUGUACGUACAUAAAAUUCAGUACAAAUCAUGUACUUUUACAAACAAAAGUUUAUAAAACAAGAGCGACACAUAGAACAAAAUAUUUUCCACGUCCUUGGUCUAUUAACAUCAAGAAGUGACAGUGUAGCGUGUUUGGAGUUUAGUUUUCAGCGACAGAGCAGUAAGAGCUAGACGAUUACAAUCACCCAAGGCUUCAUGACCUUCAUUGUUGAUGCUCUGUCUUCUAGAUUAAACCUCAAGAGAUUUAUAACUUGGGUGCAAUGAGUCAUGUGAAGGCAAGAAUCGUAAUAAUAUUUUAUUAAAAAAUUAAUAAUAUACAUAAAAAUAUUACUCGAAUGUGAUUGAUUGAUUGAUUUCAGUGCAGUUAAUCUCAAACAGCAGUGCAAAAUCGAUCUGAUUGGUGGAAAAACAAUGUGACGAUAAAAUCAACCAAUCAGUUUAAAGCUAGUGGUAUAACCGUAGGGUGUCUGGGUAGCCGACAGAGACGCCCCCCGCGCCAGGGGCCCCCGCAAAAAUGACCGUGACAUAUCUGCUACUACAUUGGGCAAACUGCCUCAAGCCUCAGUUAUAGAAAGCCUAGAAAUUUGCAACGAGUGGCUCUGAAAAGUUGGAAUUUCCCCUUGUUUAAAGUUGAAACAGCCUUUUGAUGUUCUUUUAGCCGCGUACCAAACUGGCGUUUAGACUGUCCCAAAUACUCUUUCUCGCAGUCACCGCAUGGUAUAGAAUAUACAACAUGAGUUUUCUGACUUGUUUUACUGUCGUUCCAAUUGAAGUGUUGCUCAAAUAUUGAUUCAAUACAUUACCUCGGGCUGACCAAUUCAUUUCAUCAAGUUCCUCGAGAUAUUCAUACACUUCCUAGUAUAAUUGUAAACUUCCUGUUGAAUAGUUUGAAUGCACCAAUCACCUUUGUUGUUUGUGCAACUAACCAAACAUAAAUAGAAAGGAAGUGACCAGAAAUUAUCAAAUACUUGGAAUUGGCUCUUUCACAGGAAGUGUAUGAAUAUCUCGAGGAACUUGAUCAAAUGAAUUGGUCAGCCCGAGGUAAUGUAUUGAAUCAAUAUUUGAGCAACACUUCAAUUGGAACGACAGUAACAGGAUUUUUCGACUUUGCGAAAAUAUGACCUACAGUAAAGUCAAAUAGGGUUUUAGGACAAACUUAAUAUUACAAUUUCUUAAGAUUCUCUUGAUUGGUUCUGUGACACCUCGAAUGUAAGGAACUAUUGCAUAACCCUUGGCAGAGGUAUCACCCUCGGAGUUAUUUUGUUUCUUACAAACAGGUGGUCUCAGGCAAUCAUUGAGAAAACGUUUUGGGUAAUCGUUUUUUUACUUAUAUUUGCAGGUGUCAUUUGAACUAGCAGACUAUACUGCUGAAGUAGAUGCAUUGGGUACAUUGAGGAUAUUGGAUGCAAUCAAAACGUGCAAUAUGGAGAAGACCGUUCGUUUUUAUCAGGUAUAAAAUUUUGACCAACUAUGAAAUACAAAAAAAUGACGUAAUUGUAUUUCAGCUGUGUAUACCUUAAGCGGUGACGUCACGAUUAAAGUUUCAGCAAGCUUGCCCCGCAUGGCAAUAUUUUACGCUGACAGGAACCAAACUAGACUUGUUAGUCGUCGACUCGUGUUAUUUAGCUGUUAUUUAAAAAUCAUAACAAUGAUUCAAAAUACUAAACGAAUUAUUUUUAUGAAAUAAAAAAUGGGGGUACCCGACCUUAUUUUCAAGUUAAAUAACUUUAAACCCAAGCUCUUCCGAUCUAUAUUGAAGCGCCAUUGUUGCCAUAGCAACGGCAGUAGCGAUUCCUUUUUUCCCGAAAAAAUCCAACUCUGUAGUUAUUGUUUUUCUAAUCGGACUUUCUUUGCCUUUUAUCAUAUAAGAAUUGUUGAAAAAUUGGGUCUAAAUCGGAGAUCUUCCACUUUUCUAGUAAACUGUAGGGAGCCACCUUAAGCUCGCUAAUACGUUACGAUGGGAGUCUACUUGUAGAAUUAAACCAGUAAUAGCCGAAUAAAGAUAUGAUCUGGAAACUCGGCAAACGUCCAAGUUUGUCUAAUGGCUACGUUUUAUGUUGCAACAGCUCCACCGUGUAUAAAUCGUUCAAAAUUUCGCUUAAUAAUGUUUUUUCACGUACACUGAGUAACAUUGAAUGACUCGACGACUCGCGUCAUGCAUGAGAUAAUUGCUUCAUUAUGUCCAAACUACAUUGUCUUCGUAUACAAGUUUGUAUAAACAUAAACAAAAAGAUAGAAGAAAGUCUUUAACAGAGGUUACAGACCAUAGCUUGAUUGACUAUACAUGGGCAAAGUAUUAUAGAUAUGAAGUCUCCAGCUUUUGGGUGGAGAGUCUAUUUCAUUUGCCAUCAGCCAUUAGGGACCGGUCAUUAUUUAUGGUGGGGGGUGGCACCGAAGAGAAAUGUUUUUCGUGGCAAAAAUUUUGCUGACCCAACUAUUAAAAAGACAAAAAUUUGAUUACCCAACCACAAAUAUCAAUUAAAAAAUAAUUACCCACCCCUGGCCAAAAACGUUACAAAAAUAUACCAUUCAGUUGUCACACAUGCCCUUUACCACUUCUGUGACAUGAGUUUGAUAACGGCUUGUGAAAUUUUCUGCAGUCUAAAAUUUCAUGUUGUCUGCACAUGUAAUUUCUUUGGAAACACCAUUUGUUUUGUCAAAAUGAUCAAGAUAGUGACUGUGAUUGAUUCACAUAUUGUAUUGACAAAUGACUGUUGAAAUUGCUUUUCAAUCAACAAUAUUUUGACAGUGAGUCAUGUUUUUGAAAUGACAAUAAAUUUUUAUUACCCAACCCUUGAGUUGUUUUGUUUUCCAUUUACCCAACCUUUUACUUACUCAAAAUUUUGUUUACCCAACCCUUUUCUCUUCGGUGCCACCCCCCGCCAUAAAUAAUGACCCGUCCCUUAUCAUAAAAUUUAUCAUUGAAACAUUAGUGAGAUGUGUGAUUAAAUAACAUCCCCUACCAUCACGGUCGUUCAUUCGACAGUCGUUCGAUAAAAACCCCCGGCCAGCUGCUUAUCACUGAAAGUUGACAUCUCUGAAGUAUAGUAGAUUGAUUGCUGCAUGGUUGAAAAUGACACAAUACCUUUAAUUUCAAACAUUUGUAAUUGGUUUCCAGGCAUCUACCAGUGAAAUGUAUGGUAAAGUUGUAGAAAUUCCACAGACAGAAAAAACACCUUUCUAUCCAAGAUCGCCAUAUGGUAUUACAUGAUUUUUUGUUGUUGUAAAUACACAGUAAUAUAGUUAUUUUACUAACUCUAGUUCUCUUUUAUUAUAACGAUGCAGCGUUACUGAACAGCUAAAUGGCUAUCAUUUCAUUCCUGCCGACAUAAUCACUUAUCAUCAUCUGUUCAACGAUGAUACAGGUUUUCCCGAAAAUACAUAGUCACCCGGAAUAUCUUUUAAAAUUUGAAGCCCUGAAAUGCCAUUUCCUGUAUUCUAUUAAGCACUGAUAAUUUUUUAUUAAAAUUUGUUAUUUAAAAUAAAAUUACAUCCAGUUUUCAAAUGGAAUAGGAAUCGUCGAUACAAUAAUUUGUUCCCAUCGUCUUCUAUUUGUUGCUUACUUAUACCAAAGAAAAACAGUUUUUCAAAUCUUAUAAACAUUAUAAAUAUUUCAAUGGGAAACAAAAACAUUAUUUUUAAAAAAAUCAUCCAGUAUUGAAAAAGAAGAAUUUGUUCGACUCCACUUUAAUUACAUAUGCCUUAUAAAUUUUGUAGGUUGUGCCAAACUGUACGCCUAUUGGAUCACAGUUAACUUCAGAGAAGCCUAUAACAUGUUCGCAUGCAACGGGAUAUUAUUCAAUCACGAAAGCCCAAGAAGAGGUAAAAUGAAGACUAAUAUACGACAAGUUGAUGAAAACGGGAUACUGCAUGUAUAUACAGAGCCCUUUUGCUUCAAAGUUUUCUUUCCACACAGUUUUUAACUGAAAUGUUCCUUCAUUAAAUUUUCCAUUACAGUCGAUUUCACGACACUUUGACCACAAUGUGCCGAACUUUGUUGCGAAGUUUGCAAGUUCGUUGCAAAGUAUUCCGAACUUGGAAUUCACAAGCCAAUUUAUAAACAAAGUCCCUGAUUGGUCCCUGAAGUAAAAGAAGUCAAUCAAAUGCGCAGAUUACAAACUGGUUUGUGAAUCUCAUUAUGAACUUUUGAACUUCGCAAUUAACGAACUUGCGAACUUCGCAACGAAGUUCGGAACAUUUGUGGUCAAAGUUUCGUGAAAUCGACUGUCGAGUCGACUGUAUGUAACACGUUCUCCUGUUCCAUUUUAGAGCCUUCAUCAGGGAAACAUUAUACAAUAUAUUCAUCCGUUGUCAACAUAAAAUUGAUUCGAGUGGAAUUUGAACUCGCAUAUUCAACAAAACCAAUUGAGCUAUCGAGUCAACAGCAUGGAAUAACACAACUUCUAAUCCAUAUUUAAGGGCACGAGAUAUUCUUGCGACUUGGCAUUUUGAACAGUAUUCUUGCGAUGGAACAGUGCUCUAUUUCACUUUUUUGCUUUUUAUUUCUCAUUCUAGGCUAUAGUUGACUCGAUAUUGACUCGAUCGAGGACUCUACUCGAUAGUUGACGCGAAUUCAAAUCCCGCUUCAGUCAACUUUAUGUUGACAAUUAAUGCAGUGUUGCAUCGGUUUUUCUUGUGAAUAUAUUGUAUAUAACUUUCUUCAUUUCUACAGCUUUUUAUCUCUUCCUUUAAGUGUUCACGCCAUAAUCUACGACAGGUAUUCUUAUAGACUUUAGACCUUUUCCUUCGUGAAGUUAUAAAGAAAUAAAAGUCAAAACAUAAGUGAAACAACUGCUCAAGGAUGUGGGAUUUGGGAAAAAAAAAAUGGAUGGCUAGAUAAGAUAUGAACUCAACGUACAUGACCAGAUAAUGUAGAAAUUCCUCGAAUUUCAAUAUUUCAGAUAUCAAAUUUCAUUUAUUAUUCUUUAGUGUUUAUCUCCUUCUUUUGAAAUGUUCCCCUUUAGGUGAAACAUUCGUCACAAGAAAAGUCACUCGAACAGUCGCGAAAAUAAAAUUGGGAAUUCAGCCCGAGGUUUGUGACAAAAUAUUAUAACGUGUUUACAUACAUAGUUUAUUUCGUGGAAAAUUGGAAACCUCGCGGUAGCACAUGCAUGGUCAUGGCUGAACGGCAAAGUUUUAGUAUAUGUGCCUUUUGUCUCUCCACGAGGUGGGACGAUCUCCUUCAGUCGCAUGUGAGAAGCUUUCACUUUGACUCUAUAUCCGAGACUAUUGCAACACCGGCAACAGUGGACAGCCUUUAUACCGUAAAACUGAAACCUCGUCCAGCCCAAUUACAAACUUUAGGCUUUAAUUAAAGGACAUUGGCAAUAAAAAAAUUCGUUUAGUUCAUUUGAAAGAACUCUUAAAACUAUACAUUAAACUCUAUUACAGAUUUUUUAUAUCUUGAUUAGUAUUCAAAAUAUUUGGACUGAAAAAGUGAGCUGUUCGACAUCUUGGAUUAUUGAGGAUAUGCAUGUUACGUCAAGAGAGGAGUCACGCUAAUUUUUUUACCUUGAGAGAAAGCGAUCAAUAUGGGUUGGUUGCUGUCUGAAAUUUAGAAAUAAUUAAAAACAUUUCAAACAAUUUUUACUCGGUCAUUUUUGAGUAGUUUUAUAUGGUUAACCCAACUCCUGACGUGACGCCAUCAAAACCAUAGUUAAUGAGGUCAAGAAUUAGUCCAAGAUGGCGGACGGCUCAUUAAUUUCGAUCUAAAUAUUUCGAGAACUAAGCAAGAUAUGACAAAUCGGUAAUAGAGUUUGAUAUGUCAUUUUAAGAGUUCUUUUGAAUGAGACAAACCAAACUUUUAUUGCCAAUGUCCUUUAAAAUAUAAUGACGAUUAGCUCGUACUCAAAAUUAUAAUAUGGUUGGUUAUGUCUUCAUGUACCUUUUAUGAAUCUGAUAAGCAUACAGUGUACACAUAAGUAAAAUUGUCGUUUUUGAAAUUUCUAGCUUCAUAUGGGAAAUAUAAAUGCCGUACGCGACUGGGGACAUGCAAAAGAUUUCGUGGAGGUAACAGUGGUGCCUAAAUUACUUUGAAUUUGUACUCGAGUGAAAGUAGAAGUAAUUAACAAUAAAACAACUUGAGUAAGAGUAAAAAGUACUGGAAGUAAAACGUACUUAAAAGUACAAAGUAUCCUUCAAAAAUACUUGAAUUACAAAGUAAAAGUAAAAGUACUAUUGUCUGUGGCGUGUAAGGGGGGGGGACUUCUUCAUUGAUGGAUUGAGAUACAAAACAAACACAAAACAGCACACGCAUUAUAAAUAAGCAAUAUUUCACGGCAUGGUCUACUUUCCAGACCCCGCGUUGAAGAUAUAAGAAAUCCAUUAAAUAAAUCAUACUUAUAAGUAAGCCACAAACGAGAGAUCCCAGACCCAUGAACCUAUCCCAAAAUUAAAAUAAGUCAUGUAAAAUUAAAUAAAAGUUAGAAAGUAACGAAAUACUUCUUUACUUCGAAAGUAAAGAAACGACUUCGUUCCAAGUAAAAGUUCUCCAGAAACAGUUUACUUUGUUACAUGCUGACUUCUCAAAAAUAGUACUCAAGUACAGUAACGAAGUAACUUUACUUCGUUACUUGACACCACUGAGAGAUAACUGCAUGGUUUUAUCUUAAUCCACAAUUAUGCUAAACCGAGCCGAAAUAACACGGUAUGGUUUGAGACGAAUUAGGAAAAAAAAAAUAUGUGGGUUUCCGGUUUCUUCUUAUAAAAACUUAGGUAGGGUAGGUCGGUUUUAACUUUUUUCCUAAACUUUUUUUUUUAAUUUUCCGAACAAGCGGACGCCAUUUUGUUUAGUCAGUGCUUCCACAUCCAAAAAUAAAUUUCCCUAAUAUUGCCUCAAAUUUCAAUUUUCCACAAACUUUUUCCUCUAGGUGGAAACACUUAUAAGCAUAAAUCCAAUAAAAAAGUUUAGGGUCGGGAUUUCGACGUCCAAAAGCUAGGUAGGGUCGGGAAACCGGAAACCCACAUAUUUUUUUUUGGCCUUAUUGGCAAAUUGUGCGCGCUUUUGACGAAAAUGAUAAUAGACAUAUUUAGAUCGAGGACGCGGAUGUCAAAGACGACGUGAAAAUGGCGUGGCAUAUCCAUACAUGGGCACAACACGCCAUUUGGACGUCCUCGUUCUAAAUCUUUGACGUCGCGUCCUCGAUCUAAAUCUGUCUAAUAUACCGCGAGUACGCAGACUACAGAGUUCCGACGUUCAGCCUUCCAUUCCGUGAGGAAAGAUCGAUCUUAGCGGUACGAUCGUAUCGUAUUUUACAGCGUAAUGAGUAUUAAGCAACACCGGUAUUGCAUGAGUAUCUUCAACCUUUACGGCUGAUGACAAUUGAUACCCCAAAGGCUAAUGUAUGAUUUCAGUAUACUUUUAUUCUUAUUUCUAACAUGUCAUUUUUCACAGCCUGAUAAUAGCUAGUGCCCCUAAAUCUAAUGCUUCUAAAUCUGGAAAUUUUUGGAAUGCGUACUUCGGUAAUUCGUCGAUCAAUUCGUCGAUUCCGCAUUGCAGUUGAAUCGUAAGACGUGGCUGAGAAAGAAGAAUUAAAAUAUGCAUAUCAAAAUAUGAAAUUCAACUGUUGUUCAAUCAAUUAAUGCGACUCACUGCAUUGCGAUGUGAUUGGGACAAUUAUGCAAAGCUUGCUAAAAAAUCAAUAGGUUUUCGCACGGUACCUUGUCUCGCUUUAGCCUGCGAAAACAGCCGCUACUUUGCUGCCCCGUCGUCGUUAUAUUAAUAACGACGUCGACGUUAUAUUAAUAGGAGCAACAAAGUAGCGGCUGUUUUCGCAGGCUAGUCUCGCUUUAAAUUACAAGAAAAUAAUCGUUUAUGUGCACCGUAUUUUUUUUCGCUUUACACAGCAGGCAAAUACGCACGCAAGUAUAAAAUUUAUUGAGUAUUGUGAUUAUGCUUUGAUGUGCAUAUUUUACUAAAUUUUCCCAAUCUCAGCUACAUAUUCAAUUUUUACUGCAAUUUUAGCUGCGACUUUCGUCUUCGAAUGGAUGUGAACGAGUGACUAUAAGUUAGGAAUGUUCAGACGAAGUAACAUUUUCUCAGAACAUUCGUUACUCAUCUAUGAUCGUUUAUAUGCAUCUGAAGAAGAAAAGCGCGGGAAAUUAAUGGAUGAUUCCAGGGACAGACUAAAUUUUGAUCAAGGCAAGAAGAACGAAAUCCAACACCACAGCUAGAAAGAGCAUCUUAGAAUGAGUAAAAUUGCGAAGAUUGGUUGCUAAAUGUUGUAAAAUGUGGAAAAUAUAGCCUUGCGAAAUUUCAGUGCAAAUUUUGUAUGAAUUUGUAUUACGCGCGGGAAAAUGCACGAAAGUGGCGCAUUUUCCCUUCCGUGAUACAAAUUAAUACAAAAUUAAUACAACAUUUUCAAAUUUCUUAGGGCCAUAUUUUUCACAUUUUACAACAUUUCGAAACCAAACUUUGCAAUUUUACUUAUUUUGAGACGGUCUUUCCAGCUAUGGUAAUGGUUUUGUUCUUCUUGUUUAGAUUAUUUAGUCUAUUGCCUUUAUGAUUCAGCUGCCAUGCAUUAUUGUGUCGGCACACAGAAUGCUUAAUUUGGAUGUGCAGCUCGACACAGCGAAUUAGCUUAUUAUAAGUGUACUAUAGAAAUUUCCAACGCAUGUAAGUUGAUAAUGAGGGGCGAUGAUUUUUUUAGGCGAUGUGGCUAAUGGUACAAAGCGACAAACCAAGUGAUUACGUCAUUGCUACGAAUGAAGUUCACACCGUCAGAGAAUUAAUCGAAGUUUGCUUUCAACAUGUUGAUAUGCCUAUAGUGUAAGUUAAACGGUGAAACAUUACAUCCUUACGUACGACAUUUUCGCUACCGAGUCUCGUUGUCGUGUAUGUGACAUCAGUUAAAGCCCAAUGUCUCAAUCCCAAAAUCAAGGUUCUAUAGCCAAAGUAACGUGUUUCCGGAAGGGCACGUGAAUUGCAUGUAACUCAGCAAGGGGUGUAGACUUGGGCAGCUUGCACGCGUAAGCCAACGCGAGAUCUUCAAAACCUGGAUUUUCUCCCAUUUUUUACAUGAUUUCUUUGCAUGCUUUCAAAUUAAUUUUAUGCAUGCUCGGACGUUUGCAUAAAUUCGAAAUUCGCAAGCCAAUUCCCAAAGGUCCUAACAGAGUUAGUAACAGCGUUUAUUUACAAAAUUGUUGACAUGCAGUGUUUAUUUACAAACAAAAUCAAUCUUCAACAUGGGAGGGCACGUUGAUGCAUGGGAGGGACAACAUGGUUCACUGGAGGGGCCAAAACAGGGGCUGGGGGACAAGUCUCUCCCAGUCUAUGGUAUUAAAAGAGGCCCUGCGCCUAGUAAUUAUUCGAGCAGCACGAUUUUGUAAUUUUUGUAGCUUUUCCAGUAAACCUUUACCGCAUUUAUCCCAGACAGCACUGAAAUAUUCGCACUGAAUGUGAGAAAUAUGGACUUUGAAGCAAGUCUUAAAAUAUCACUUGGUCAAUCCUACGGCUCUCUGAUUGGAUGAAUUAAUUGUGAGGUAUAAUCUUGAAUUAUAGUUUUGUCCUUUUACAGGUGGGAGGGAGAAGGGUUGAACGAAGUUGGGAAGGAAAAGUCAACUGGCGUUGUUCGCGUGCGAAUAAAAGAACAAUAUUUUCGACCUUCGGAAGUGGUG